CAAGAGGUUGAAGAAGAACCUGAUGUUCACUUUGAACCAGUCAUCAAAUUAGACCAAGUUGAAACAAAGACUAAUGAAGAAGAUGAAGAAGUUCUCUUCAAAAUGCGUGCUAAAUUAUUCCGUUUUGAUGCCGGUGCUGGUGAAUGGAAGGAACGUGGUACUGGUGAUGUUCGAUUUUUAAAGCACAAAGAAAACAAAAAGAUUCGUCUCGUCAUGCGUCGUGAUAAAACACUCAAAGUUUGCGCCAACCACUAUGUUGAAACUUAUAUGAAACUUCAGCCUAAUGUUGGAUCUGACCGUUCUUGGGUUUGGAAGGUCUCUGCUGAUGUCUCUGAAGGCACACCCACUGCUGAGACUUUAGCUAUUCGUUUUGCUAAUUCUGAUAAUGCCAAUGCUUUCAAAGAAGAAUUUGAAAAGGCUCAAACUCACAAUGCCUCAUUGAAAGCAGAGGAAAAGAAAGACGAAGAAAAGAAAGACUAA